GGCCCUCGCCAGACCGUGCGAGACACCACCGGGUGACGUCUCCUUGUUAAUCCCUCAUUUCUCUACCGGGGUUGUUUUCUCUGCAUGCAUGCAUGUGUGUGUGUGUGUGUGUGUGUGUGUGUGUGUGUGCAUAUGCCAGAGAGGAAGCGCAAUGGCAACUCAGGAGUAACUUUGACACUUUUCGGACCUGAUUGAGGUUGCAUGGUGUUGUGGACUUGAUGCAUGGCCUUUGCACGACCCCGCUCCGCGUUGUUGUUGUUGUUGUUGUUGAGGUGGGACUGAGCGCGCUCAGCAGCGGCCAUGGCUCACACCGUGCACGUGAAUGGCAACGGCCCAGGCCGAGGCCAAAGAUGUCCAAGCACAGAUAACGACAAGGACUCUGUGGCUCCGUACUCCGUCGAGACUCCCUACGGUUUCCAGCUCGACCUGGACUUCCUCAAAUACGUCGAUGACAUCGAGAGGGGCCACACCAUUAAGAAGCUGAGCAUCCAGAGGAAGCCCAAAGGGGGCAAACCGGCAACGGCGCCGCCGCCGCCACGGACCCGCACCGGCAGUGCCGGCGUGCGGGCCGAAUGGACGUCCACAGACUCGCUAUCGUCUUCAAACAGCGACGACAAGCAGUCGCCGGUCUUCUUCAGUGCCAAGCCCUCCCAGGUAUCCGCUCCGCUGACGCCCAUCCUCCAAAGGGCGGCUUUUGAAACAGCCCCACAGCAAUCCUACUCCAGCCUCGUGGAGCCCAAGCUGCUACUCCCGCCGCCCUCGCCGAGGUUGACGCCGCGACCCAACCCCCAUGUAGAAAAGACCCUGAUGGAGACCCGACUUCGAUUAGAACAGGAGCGUCUGUUUAUGCAGCCGUACAGCGAGCCUCCGCUGCCCCGCCGUCGUCUUGCCAGCUUCGGGGGAACGGGCUCAAACAGCUCACUGUCCUCAUACUCGGGGUCCAUGGCGCCAAGUCAGAUCUCCCCCAGCACCCUUCAGCCUCUACCCAUCAACGGCCACGUCAACAAUGGAGAGUACAACCUUUACUACCCACCAUCCAUGGGUAGCUCCAUCCGACACAGUCCCAUGAGCUCCGGCAUGGCCACACCCGUGACUAAUGUCAGCCCGCUACACCUACAACAGAUCCGGGAGCAGAUGGUAGUUGCCCUCAGGAAGCUGAAAGAGUUAGAGGAGCAGGUGAAGACCAUUCCCAUUUUACAGGUCAAGAUAGCAGUUCUCCAGGAGGAAAAAAGACAAUUGGCCGCUCAGUCCAAAAAUCAAGUCCCUGGUGGUUUCCGCAAGCGCUCUUACAGCGUGGGCUGUGCCGACCAGAUGGAGAACCCAGGUCCCAUCCAGAAAGAAACUGUGUUGCAAAUCAUCGAGCCUGAAGCCCAGCAACAGAAUGCUCAGCAGCUUGAAGAGUUUAGGCGUCUGGCUGCGGAAGUCCAAGCUCUGGAGAAGACCACUCUUGACAAUAAUGGCUUUGAAAGUCAGACGGACAAUCAGAACCAGGCCCUCCAAAAGUCAGUCGGUGUCGUGACUGAUGAAAACAUGAACAACCGUCAAGUCCGGUUGCCAAAAGAACGUUGCCAUCGGGACGUAGGCGUGGCGACAGAACGCCUGGAAACCCGCAGUGCUUUAGUGGGUGUGAACGAAGCCAUGCUCGGCGUGUCCAGCGAGGCAGAGAAGGAGAUCGAGCUCCAGCAGCAGACCAUCGAAGCGCUGAAAGAUAAGGUCUACCGCUUGGAGGUGCAGCUGAAAGAAACUACUCACCAGAUGGAGAUGACAAAGCUCAAGCUGGAGCUCCAAGCAGCUGGCAGUUCGAACAAAAAAAAGGCGGAUAAAGGCUUCAUGGUGAGGCCUGAGAUGUACAACGUCUCCGUGGAGGCCAAAGUCUUAGUGCAAAGCCAGGGGGUCGGUGACCAAGUCGUUAUUGCUGAAACUCCUCAGAGUUUCUCUGUAGGAGUGUCCUGUCACCCUACUGUGCACAGCAUUGGUGUCGGCCCUGAGAACUUGCCAGAUCAACUUUCGGUGGAGGCACUGCAGCGUCAGCUAGGCGUGGACUUAGAGGUUUGUCAGGUGGGAAUCAACACGGUGGAGUCUUUGGACUGCUCAGCCUUCUGCAAACCUAUGACUGAGUUGAUCAAGGAGUCGCGAUCGUUCGGCUGCGGAGAUUGUUCUGUGGACGUGGUCGUCAGUCCUUUCAGGACGAUGGUGUCGCAGGGAACUGACCCAGACCUCGUGACCAAGGUCGACUCUUGUGUCAUGGCUGCCCCCGAGUUAGCAACUCAGAUUACCAACACUGAGACAGAAGUUGUCAGCAAGUCCACCAACACAAAAACAGCCGAGCUGACGGACUCUUGCACGGACACCGCUUUGUCGACCUGUGACAAGCACACCAACACCGCUGCCGCAGAAACGAGGACGGUGGCUGCGGGCGAGGGACUCGUCAAGGACGUGCACUCGGCCCCAAAGAUGCGCUCGGUGGCUGUAGGAACCGCCACGGAUGUAGAAUCGCUCCUCGGCCAGUCCAGCUCUACUAAAACCAAAGAAUGUGGAGUGGGACCUGUCAGCGUUCACGAGAACUUCUUGAUCGGAUUGAAAACGCGCAACAUAGCAUGCGGUCCUUCCCUGCUCCUCAAACCCGUCGCAUGCAGCAAGGAGACCGCGGAGGAGACCGUGGAGGAGACCGCUGAGGCCGGGCCAGCGCAGGGCGGCGCCAGGCUGGACCAUUACAUCGAGAGGGUGCAGAAGCUCUUGCAGGAGCAACAAAUGCUGCUGGCCGAGAACUACAGCGAGCUGGCCGAGGCCUUCGGACAGCCCCAGUCCCAGUUUGGGUCCAUCAACAGCGAGCUGGUCAGCACGCUCUCGUCCAUCAACUCUGCCAUGAAGUGCGGCAGCGUGGAGGACCUCUUAAAGCUGCAGAUGGACGCCGCAGACCCAGACGGUGGCGUCCAGGUGGCGUCCAGCGGUCGCGCAGACAGAGCCGCAAAGACCACGUCGCAGCACAUGAGCGCGGCCGAGCAGAAGAGUCGCAUGGACCUGCAAAUGUCCUCAGCACUACACGGUCAGCCAUCGCUAAAGUCCAUCAUGAAGAAACAAGACGGCCACCCGGACUCCAGCAGCACCAAGAAGAACCUGCAGUUUGUGGGCGUGAACGGCGGCUAUGAGACCACGUCCAGCGACGACUCCAGCUCGGAGGACAGCAGCUCCUCCGAGGACGAGGAGGAGGAGGAUGAGGAUGGGAAAGAAACGGAGGGAUUCCGGAAGUUGGAGGAGGAGGAAGAGGAGGAGGAGAAGAGUGUGAGGGAUGAGUUCCAGCCGGAGGGAGCGGAGGACGUGGACGUGACCGAGGAAGGCCGUUUGGAGACCAGAGAAAGGCAGGAGCUCAGCGAGAAGAUGUUGGCGGCGUGUAACGUCCUCCAAAGUCACCUCAGCGACCCCAAGGAGGUCAGCAGUAAAGAGAUGAGGGCGUGCGUGAACACGGUGCAGCACGAGUGGUUCCGCGUGUCCAGCCAGAAGGCGGCCACGGCCGGCGCGGUGGACGACUACCUGGCGGGCUUCGGCGCCGUGUCGCCGGCCGUGCUGCGCCACGUGGUCAACAUGGCGGACGGCAACGGCAACACGGCGCUGCACUACAGCGUGUCUCACUCCAACUUCAGGGUGGUGAAGGAGCUGCUGGAAGCAGACGUGUGUAACGUCAACCAGCAGAACAAGGCGGGCUACACACCCAUCAUGCUGGCCGCGCUGGCUGCCGUGGAAACGCCCAAAGACAUGCAGAUCGUGGAGGAGCUCUUCAGCAAAGGCGACGUCAACGCCCGAGCCAGUCAGGCGGGUCAGACGGGUCUGAUGCUGGCGGUCAGCCACGGCAGGAUGGAUAUGGUCCGCGCCUUGCUGGCUCACGGCGCCGACGUCAACGUGCAGGACGAUGAGGGCUCCACGGCGCUGAUGUGCGCCAGCGAGCACGGGCACGUGGAGAUCGUCAAGCUGCUGCUGGCACAGCCCGACUGCGACGCCACGCUCAGCGACAGCGAUGAGAGUAACGCUCUGUCCAUCUCUCUGGAGGCGGGACACAAGGACAUCGCGGUCCUGCUCUACGCACACGUCAACUUCUCCAAAGCUCAGUCACCAGGAACGCCUCGACUGGGCCGAAAGACGUCGCCCAGCCCAACUCGCAGAGGUGCGUUUGAUUAGUGCGCCCACGUCGGCCUUAUGAGAGACGCCUUAAUGUGAAUGUACCAGCAGGUCGACUCCUGACUCUUUUUCAACUUUUUCCUCCGUUUUUUUUUGGGUUUUUUUUGCAAUCCAACAAAUGAUAUUUUCUAUUUUUUUCGCCCCCGAGUAGUAAAGUUGUGUACAUAUUUUGAUCUCAAGUCCAACAUCAGCCAAUGAGCUCCACUUUUAUACAAAUCCUUUGCAUCUAUUUAAAAGAAACUCUACAGUAUUUUCAAUAUUUCCUAUUAUUAUUAUUAUUAUUACAAAUAUUGAUCCAUGAAGUUCUGUAUUUAUCAAGGUAUAGUUUUUAAAGCAGAUCUAUGUAUUUCGUUGUACAUACCGCUAGCUCAACGCCACUUUCUUUUCGUCUCCUUUCCACUUUGUGUCCUUUUAAAUUGACCUCGACGUCACCAUGUAACAAUAAACAUCCAUUAAAAGAUA